UGUCACUGCGGGAAACAUAUGCGAACUUUUAACGGAAUUUGCAGUUAUCAACGAAUGUUCGACUGCCGUGAAGCAGCUAUGUGAGCAGAAAUGCGUUGACUUGCCGAUCGACUAUCGAUGUGACUGUUAUGAUGGCUUUGCACUGGAUAAAGAGGAUAAAAAAUCGUCUGGUCUCGGCCGAUGCAGUCAAGGAUGUGAGAAUAAAGUCGGCAGUUAUAAGUGUUCAUGCGUUGAUGGUUAUGCAAUGUCCAGUGAUGAUCGUACGUGCAAGCGAAUCAGUUCGGAUCCAGAACCUUGGCUGCUGUUUGCAAACAAGCACUACAUUCGUAAACUAACAUUGGAUGGCGAAAAUUACGAAUUAGUAGCGCGAGGAUUCGAGAAUGUCAUUUCGAUGGAUAUCGAUAUGAAAGAAAGAAAGGCAUAUCUUGUCGAUUCGGGCCAACUGCGUCUCUACAGAGUGGGCUUGGAAGAACUGGACCAACCAAUUGACUCAUACCAAGUGGUUCUGAGGCAUAAUGUGUUUGGUACGGAAGGUCAGUUUUUUUAACA